UGAAGGAAAGCUCGGGUCUUUCGGAAGGCGAAGCGUUUGCUGUCUUUGAAAGAGAGCGAGGGUGUCGGACGGGCCGGUUUUCCUGGUUGAAUUGAUCCGGGACAAGUGAAUCUGGAGAAGAAUCAGUACCGGCCACAGAUUUUGGAAGAGCUGAGGAGAAGCUGCAUCUGAUCACCUUUCUUGAAAUUAAGCAUAUCCAACAGGCAGUUUUCCCUGUCUGUUACCCUCCUGAUGAGUUGCAACAUUAAUUCUACCCAAACAUGAUACACCAAAAUGAAUCCUGUGGUACAGAACAGAUAUCCAUAUCCUAUUUAUCAUGCAUACUUUAUAUAUUAGAAGAAUGGACUGGAGUGGAACGCUUGGGAGAAUAUCUGAGUUACCUCAUUUAUCUCACAUGGUUAUUUAUGCCACUACUGUUAGGUUUUCUGCUUCCAGCUGUUAUUCUCCUUCUCCUUUAUAUUUCUGCUAUCAUUGUUCAUAUUUACAAAAGAAAGACAGACAUAAAAGAAGGUUAUUUGAAUGAUUUCUGGGAUGGUGCAAGACAAAUGUUAGCAACUAUGUGGUAUGCUCACGCAAGAAUAUGGAAUGGUUAUGAGGUGCACGGUCUUGAAAAACUACCAAAUGGGCCAGCACUAAUUAUCUUUUAUCAUGGAGCAACUCCCAUAGACUUUUUCUACUUGGUAGCCACUAUUUUAAUCAAGAAAAAAAGAAUCCUCCAUAUAGUUGCUGAUCAUUUUGUGUUUUCAAUUCCAGGUAUACAGUUAUUAAUUAAUGUGUUCCAUGUUCUGCAUGGAACUCAGGAAGAAUGUAAAAAAAUAUUAGAAAAUGGAGGACUGGUGGUAAUUUCACCAGGGGGAGUACGGGAAGCACUGUUCAGUGACGAAAAUUAUACUAUUAUGUGGAAAAAUCGUAAAGGAUUUGCUCAAGUGGCCACUGAAGCAAAAGUGCCCAUCAUUCCUAUGUUCACACGAAAUAUUCGGGAAAAUAUUCGAAUAGUUGGAGGACAAAUAAAAUUAUUAAGAUCGAUAUAUGAGUAUUUUCGUUUGCCACCAGUUCUUCUGUAUGGAAACUUUCCAGUUAAAUUGAAGACAUAUUUGGGAGAUCCUAUUCUAUAUGAUCCAAACAUAACAGCAGAAGAACUGACAGAAAAAGCAAAGGAUGCACUACAAUGCUUAAUAGACAAACAUCAGAAAAUACCAGGAAAUGUGUGGAGGGCUUUGAUGGAACGAAUUAUAACAGGGAAACAAGAAAAUGAAUAACUUUGGCAAAUCAUU